AUGGCUACAACGCCCCGGGAAGAUGUCCUCACUAUUGCUGAGCUGAAAGAGGCAGCAUCAGCCAAGCUGAGCGAUACAAUACGAGUUUAUCCUCAGCUUGGGCCUGUCCACUUACCAAUCUUCAGGCUGCGGGAGAAUGAAACGGCGUAUGACAAGUUCAAGAUCCGCCAGCGGAUCCUCGUUGACGUCGCGUCAGUCGACACGAGGACGCGGAUAUUCGGAUCCGAGGUGUCUCUGCCUCUGGCCUUUGCGCCCUCUGCCAUGCACGGCCUGGCCCAUCCUGUUGCCGAGAGGGGAACGUCGAGGGCGGCUGCUUCCAAGAAUAUCCCCAUGGGGCUUUCCACGUAUUCAACCACUUCUCUAGAAGAUGUAAUAAAGGAGCGAGGAGACGCAACGAACCCUUACGUCUUCCAACUAAGCAUCACCAAGGAUCGGUCGAUUCCAUUGGGCUUGAUCAAGCGGGCCGAAGAUGCUGGCUAUAAAGCCUUGGUCUUGACGGUGGACGCUCCGGUUCUCGGGAGGCGCUUGGGUGAGCUCCGAAACAAGGUUACCCUGCCGGACUCCAUGUGCUUGCCCAACUUGGGCGGUCUUCGAACCAUUGUCAACCCUGGCAGAGACGCGAGCAACUCGUGGGCAUCCGUCGUACCAUGGGUCAGAUCUCACACCAAGCUAGACAUCUGGCUGAAAGGAAUCUAUUGCGCAGAGGAUGUCCUGCUGGCUAUCCGAUACGGCAUCGACGGCAUCAUCGUAUCGAACCACGGCGGAAGGCAGCUAGACGGGGCAGCCGCCACGAUUGACGUUCUCCCCGAGUGCGCCGCAGCCGCCAAGGGGAGGAUCAAGAUUGGCAUCGACGGAGGCAUCCGCCGCGGGUCGGACAUCUUCAAGGCCCUGGCCCUCGGCGCUGACUGCUGCUUCAUCGGGCGCAUCCCGAUCUGGGGACUGGCAUACAACGGUGAGGAGGGCGUGAAGCUGGCGGUCGAUAUCCUGGAGCAGGAGCUCAGGACAACAAUGGCCCUCGCGGGAUGUUCGUCGAUUAAGGAGAUAUCGAGGCAUCAUCUCUCUGUUUUGGGAGCAUCCGGGCUCCUAUCUAGGCUAUGA